CGCCAUUUUGAGAGAAAUUGUGUUGUUUGCAUUAUUUUUAAUAGUUAAAAUUUCAGACAUAAUUGGAUCGGAAAGCACAAAAUUUUGUGUUAAAAACAAAAAUAAGGAACUGAAUUCCUUAACAAAGAUGACGGCAGGCGAAGAAAUUUUAGACAAUCGACCUAAAAGGAAGUUCGUUUGCGGAGCUGUCGAAGGUUUUUAUGGAAGACCAUGGACCACAGAACAAAGGAAAAUUCUGUUUGAGUGGUUGAAGAAGAUGAAGAUGAACACAUACAUGUACGCCCCUAAAGAUGAUUGUAAGCACCGAGCUUUCUGGAGGGAUCUGUACUCGGUAGAAGAAGCGGAGAAUUUGACAUCACUGAUAGAAGCGGCUAAGGAACAUGGAGUUGAGUUUGUUUAUGCUCUUUCACCAGGCCUGGACAUUACUUUUUCCAGCACCAAAGACGUCCAGUUUCUGAAACGCAAGCUGGAACAGGUGACAAGUUUUGGAUGUACAGCCUUUGCCUUGCUGUUUGAUGAUAUUGAGCCCGGGCUGAGUGAGACAGAUCGCAGCGCUUUCCAGUCAUUUGGUGCAGCCCAAGUGUCCGUCACAAAUGAAGUCUAUCAGCAUCUAGGGCAGCCUCAGUUCUACUUCUGUCCUACAGAGUACUGUUCAUCAAGAGCUGUUCCUAACCUGCUCUCAUCAGACUAUCUAAAUACUCUCGGAGCCAAACUACUGAAGGACAUUGACGUUUUAUGGACAGGUCCUAAAGUGAUCUCCAAGAAGCUGACUGUUCAACACCUACAGGAAGUGUCCUCUGUGAUUAAGCGACCGCCUGUUAUCUGGGACAACAUACAUGCUAACGACUACGACCCCCGCCGGGUAUUUCUGGGACCGUUUGAUGGGAGGUCCCCUGAGAUCAUUCCGUAUUUACGUGGACUUCUAACAAACCCUAACUGUGAAUUCGAAGCUAACUAUGUGGCUCUUCACACGCUUGGUCAGUGGAGUGUGUCUAAUAGUGAUGGUCUAAAGAAGGAUAUUAUUGCAGAUGGUGAACAUUUAAGUCCUGUUGCUGCUGACAUAAGACUAGAAACAGAGAGUGAUUUUGGUUCAAAUGAAGACUUGCCAUCCCGUAUUGAUCGUAGGUACCAGACCAGACUGGCUCUGAAGCAGGCAUUGGAUGACUGGAUGCUGGAAAUCAACACAAAUCGUCAGCCCCCUCGCGUGGUGGCCCCUCUCACAACUACUGGUCCCCCCAUUCCCAUCCCCUCCAUCCCAGCCCCACCCAUGGACAAUAAUGUUGCCCCAGUGUGUGCAGACAAUUUGGCUGCCUCCUUUGCAGGCCCUCAAGAUCCCAAUCCCCCUGCCAACCUUGUAGACUCAACCAUACCCUCUGAUUCAGAGUCUGAGGUCUCAGAGGACCCAGAACCAAUGGAAUAUGUGCCCACAGCUGUCCCCCCUCUGUGUAAGGAACCCACCCCCUCCCCAGAGGACGUGAUGCAGGUGGAGACGGAGGUACCCUCCGCUGUAGAAGACAAGGACUGCUGUAUGACUAACCCUGAGUGCUUCAUGCGAGAGGAUCUGAGUCUCCUGGUGGACUUCUUCUACACCCCGUUUGACCACGGAAUGACCAGUGUCCAGCUGUUACAGGAUCUGCAUCACCUGAAAUCCCACGCUGGGGUGGUGGUCCGUGGACAGGGGAGGUUUAAUUCUGAGGAAGCGUCAAACUGGAUGGAAGCCGCUGAUAAAUUCCUGGCAGUGGUCCAGAGGGUAGAUCGGAUGAUCCGACUUAUCCAGCAUAUUCCUAACGCCGCCGUGGUUCACGAGUUCUUCUCCUAUCUAUGGGACCUACAAGGACUGCUACAGCUGUGUGCUAGUUAUGUCCAGUGGCUCAAACUUGGACAGAUUAAGGAGUCAGCCAUUCCCCGCCUGUCGGAGCCCUCUCCUAAUUCUCCCACAUGGUGUUCAAAAGGGUAUAAGGAACUGUUCCAUAGUGGAGACCAGGAACCCUGGGUAUUUCGUGGCGGAGUUCAGGGGGAAAUCCAACGUUUAUUGCCAAGUGAUGGGGCACACGACCUCUUCCUGAUCAGACCACCUGAGGUUUUAUUGAAGAAAUUAUAUAGCUACAGGCCAUAUCUCCCCACAGACCAAAGCUCUGUGUAUAACAUUUGUUUGAAAACCUGUGAUGAUGGUAUGGAUGGUACAGAAGUGUUCCCUGACUUCCCAGAUCUAAUAGCAGACAGGAUCAUAGGAGCCAUUGUCUCGAUCAGUCCAGAGUACUGCUUUGUUGUUUGUGAUGAGCUUGGAGUGUGUGGUUACGCUCUGGCAGCUCUAGAUGCUACCCAGCUACGACAGAAGUCCGAGAUUUCGUGGAUACCAGCCAUGUACCAGAAGUACCCCAAGCCAAACAAAGAGGAGCUGACGCCUAGUGAGGAGGUGAUUAUGAGUUUUCACACACCCCAGAGAUCCACCCCUGUAUCUGUGACCCAGAGAUACCCCUCUGUGAUUCGUCUGGACUUCAUCCCACCUCGAGUAGAAGACUACAGUGUUCCUAAGCGACUGUUGGCAUGUGCGGUCAUGGCAUUGAAGACCAGCGGUUCCACCGGAAUCCAUGUAGAGAUGAACGUGGGCGACAAGUGUAUGAUUGAUCACUACCAGAGGAUGGGCUUCUUCCCGAUAAUGGAUGCCGCUGGUGGGCCGGACGAUGUUGUUUACCUGGGGAGAGCCAUCUGAACCUCCCCCCCCCCCCAGACCUCACCCCCCAGGGCCAUCUGACCCCCAGCAUUCCACAUGAAUCAUAUUAUGGUGUAACGCAAUCAGAAACUGUCUGAAUGGAUCAGUUUAAGUCUCGUGACACAAAACAGUCAGUGUUACUGACACAAAACAGUCAGUGUUACUGACACAGUUACUGACAGAAUGGACGUCUGUCACAAAAUAUAGUGCUAUAAUUAGAGAUUUUCAUUUGCAACAAAGUAUCAAGUAAAAAGUCUUUUAUUUUCGUUGUUGUGUAAGUUGUACAUGACUUUUUUCAUAUUUGUUAAACUUGGCUGUGAUGUUAUGAGUAGUAAUUUGUGGCUCAUUAAAGAAUAAAAUUUAUGAUACAUUA